CGGAUUACUGUCGCCUGAUCUCAUUCCUGUUGCUCCGUGUGAACAUGUGUUCUCUGGGUUUUGCCAGGUCUCUGGGUUUCGCGCUCAUACCGCUCGCCACCUGCUGCAUCGUGACAAAUGUCCUGCUCUUUAUCCCUGAUGGACAGGUGACCUAUGUUCAGAAAAAUCUAUUGACUACAUAUGUCUGGUACUUCAUGGGAAUUGGAGGAGGUGGUGUGGCUAUGCUGAUUCCGGCCGCCGUGUUUCUAGGAAUGGGGAAAUGUGCUAAUACCUGCGGAACGGAGAGUUGUGCAAUGUGUGGUUCAGUGAUAGCUGCUCUGGUGGGAAUCGCCGGCUCUGGAUAUUGCUUCCUGAUCUCUGUGAUGGCGCUCUUAAAGGGGCCGUACUGCUUUACCAGGUUGGGAUGGAGGUAUCCUUUCGAGAACGACGAGGCACAGUAUUUGUUCACUCGUGAGCAGUGGUCUGACUGCAUUCAGCCAGAACACAUCGUAGAGUGGAACGUGACCCUGCUGUCCAUACUGCUGGGUCUGAGCACACUCGAGUUUAUCAUCUGUUUCCUGCAGCUCAUCAGUGGAUUGGUAGCAGUGUGCAGGCCGUGCUGCUACAAACAAGAGUACAGCCUGAACGCAUGAGGAUCAACCGCCAGCCCGAUCAGCCAUCAGAAAAAAGUCAUCCGAGAUGGAGCAAACUUCCCUAAAUAGUGCACAGAUCUGCGGGUCACACUACAUGUCACAUUGACACUUUGGAUAUAAGAAUUUGUUUAAUAAAUAAAUGUAAAUGUGAACACUAAAAAAAAUGAAACACAUUUUUGCUGGCUGAAUUUAUUGGGACAUUUUCACAUAUCUGCAGCCGAAUUUGUAUUAGCAGUUUUCUAUAUAGAAAAAAUAUAAUGAAAUGCUAUAUUGAAAUAUAAAUGUAUUUUUUUAUGACCUUUGUUUGUUUUGUAUAAGAAGUUUUGUAAAUUCUUUUCUAAUUAUUGAUAGAAAUACAUUCGAUCAGUGUUGUUUUGAAUACCUAUAAAAGUUGCAAUAUG